AUGGGCGAAGCGGAAGACGAAAACUUUCUUCAUCCAAAAAGGACUGAGCAGCCAAUAUCACGGGCGGCAAGGGCGGGAUACCAGGAAAUUGUUGAGCUACUUAUCAAUCAUGGUGUUGACCCGAACUACCGCAACGCAGCGGGUGGAACUCCUCUCGUUCUCGCCAUUCAACGUGGUCAUCUCGACCUGGUUCGUUUUCUGCUUGCGAACGGUGCCGAUCCGCUCUUAGAGUGCGCAUGGGGUCAGUUUCCGAUCUUGCACUCGGUAUACAGAGGGCAUGUGGAGAUCUUAAAGGUGCUGCUU